GGAUUCGUUAUUCAUUUGUCAGCCGUCUAACUGUAGAAACGCAGCAUGAGAAGAACGCUCCAUUCAAUGCCGGUCGUCGCGUGUUUUGUGAACAAUUCGUUACUUAAUCAAUAAAAUCAUAGCACAGUUUAUAGUCCCAUGCCUUAGGAAAAUUGUGAAUUAAAAAAACAAAAUACAGAAAUUUAACCAAAACGGAAAAGUUUAAUUACAGUGAUACACAUUUACUAAUAUAUUGAAGGCCACACGCAGUCAUGGAGGAGCUUUUGGAAAGUUGCGGAAUGCCCUCACUUAGCAUAUCCGGUGCAUAUCAUGUACUCACACGCCGCAAACCCAUGGAGGAUACAACCGAAUCAAAAUUGGCCAAGGUCUUGUCCGCCUUUGAUUUGACAGCGCUUGGCAUUGGCUCAACAUUGGGUGUCGGCGUUUAUGUGCUGGCCGGUGAGGUCUCCAAGGUAUAUGCUGGUCCUGCUGUAGUCAUAAGUUUCUUAAUCGCAGCGAUUGCUUCGAUAUUCGCCGGUCUCUGUUAUGCUGAGUUCGGCGCACGCGUGCCAAAAGCCGGUUCAGCAUACAUUUACAGUUAUGUAACCAUUGGUGAAUUUAUGGCCUUCAUUAUUGGCUGGAAUCUGAUAUUAGAAUAUGCAAUUGGUGGCGCCAGUGUUGUUAAAGGUCUCAGCACCUAUCUAGAUAAGCUUUUCAACUAUGCAAUGCGCGAUUACUUAAGCAGAAAUUUCGCCAUGAACAUCGAGGGUCUUGGCGACUAUCCAGAUUUCUUUGCGCUGAUCGUGACAGUACUAUUCGCUUUGGCCAUAGCUGUAGGCGCCAAGGAGUCGACGCGCUUGAACAAUGUCUUUACAUUCCUCAAUUUGAGUGUGGUGCUCUUUGUGAUCAUCGCUGGACUCUUCAAAGUUUCACUCAGCAAUUGGUCUAUACCCAAAGAAGAAGUGCCCGAGGGCUACGGCAAUGGCGGCUUCAGUCCAUACGGUCUAACGGGCAUCAUACGCGGCGCAGCAGUCUGUUUCUAUGGUUUCAUUGGAUUUGAUUGUAUUGCCACUGCCGGUGAAGAGGCUAAAAAUCCCAAAAAAUCCAUUCCGUUUGCUGUGGUCACAUCGCUCGCAACGAUCUUUCUAGCUUACUUCGGAGUCUCGACUGUACUUACCAUGAUGCUGCCUUAUUUCGAGCAGGACGAACAGGCGCCGCUACCGCAUGUCUUUAGCCGUUAUGGCUGGUGGGUUGCUGAGUAUUUGGUUACCAUUGGGGCGCUGUGCGGGCUCUGCGCCAGUAUGAUGGGUGCCAUGUUCCCACUGCCACGUAUCGUCUUCGCCAUGGCUUCGGAUGGACUGCUGUUCAAAUGCAUGGGCGAGAUCAAUCAACGUUUCAAAACACCCUUCAAAGGCACAUUACUCACGGGCGUGCUGACUGGUCUUCUCGCCGCCAUCUUUAAACUCAGCCAGCUGGUGAGCAUAAUGUCAAUUGGUACGCUGCUGGCCUACUCGAUGGUGGCAAGUUGCGUCCUCAUUCUGCGAUAUGACGGUGAUGAUCGCAGGGAUGGUCGCUCCAUAGGAAAUGGACGCCCUCUGGUUGACUAUGGGCAAAGAAAUUGUAUGCUUUGGCGGCAAUUGUUCAACACCAACAACACUUCACUGGCGAACAAGAGGAGCAGCAGGCUAGUGACAGGCAUGAUAACGCUUUACUUUUGUUGGUGCUUUGUAUUCUCGCAUUUCUUGCAGAAGGUGGAAAUCGAACCGGCUAGCAUAACGCCGUUCUAUAUCGUCCUAUUAGCUGUUACUGGCUUGCCUCUGCCACUCAUACUUUUAAUUAUUUCUCGUCAACCGCAUUCCAGCACCCAGCUGGCAUUCAAAGUACCUCUGGUGCCUUGGCUGCCGGGCCUGUCAAUCUUCAUCAACGUUUAUCUGAUGGUACGCCUGGAUGUAAUGACCUGGGUACGCUUCGGCAUAUGGAUUGCCAUUGGUUUGAUGAUCUACUUCAGCUACAGUAUUCGCCACAGCCGCCAACGCAAGCGGGAAACGCGCCUAGUAUUACCCGAAACGGCGGAGAGCAGUGAAUCAGGAUUACCUCUGACUAAUGACUACACCGAGGUGCCGCUUAUCAUCAUGAAGAAUACAAGUUAAGGAUUAAGGAAAAACGGAUUGAAAAGUUUACUUGGAAUCGAAGUAUUCUCGUAGCAUACUAUAUAAUAUUUUAGGUACUAAAUACAAGGUGCGACUUAUACAAACAUGUCAUAAGAUGAGCUCGAAAUGUACGAAUACAGUUGCUAUUGUAUUUAAAAUACUAA